AUGCCUCGACAAGAAUCCCGAGAAGAUGGCAGUUCCCGCACGCCCGAGGAGACUGAAUGCCUUCGGGCAGUCAGUGCUCCUCCGUUGCCUGAUCCCGUGGCGGGGUCUGAGAUCACGUCUGAGCCCGCGCCUACGCUCGGCCCUGCGGCUGCACCUGCGGCUGUCCCUGCUCCUAAUGCAGGGCCGCAUUUUACCACGCCUAUUGGCACGACGUCUGUUAGUAUGACAAUAGGGAUUUCUGCCAACGAAUCCCCCCAGGUUGUGUGCGCCAGGAUCCUGCAGGCUAUAGAGCAAAUGGGCAUCGAUCGUGCCACUGCAGUUAUCACGCCUGUUGAUAGGUUUCUAUUUCAACGGGUAUCCCAUCGCCAGAUUGCUCGAAGGCGACGACUCGCUGCUUUAACCUCUCAGGUCUCUAGCCCGCGGCCAUAUCAUGUCGAUGGUGGCCAGGUCGAUGAUCCAAGGAGAUGGCUAUCCGUCGGGGAAAUUGCUCGUCCAAUCCCCGAGCUUUAG